AAUGCAAUUUAAAAUCAGAUUAUGUAUAUGUAGGAAUAACUAGGCGUACUAUAGCAUACAUCGUCGACGGUUUUAUUAUUAUGGGGAUUACUUACUUAGUCUUUUUUUCUCGUGUAGACACAACUGUUAACCCUGCGGCAUUCUGUUUUGAGUUUUUACCAUCGAUAAUAUUUAAUAUAUUCAUGGUAAGAAGAUUUGGCGGAACUCCGGGACAACUAUUGUGCAGCAUCUGUAUUAAAGAUAUAAAUACACUUAAAAAUAUUACUUUUAUGCAAGCAACAAUUAGGUAUAUCUUUGUUGAAGCCAUUCAAGUUAUGAUAAUAGUUAUGCUUGUAGUUGCUGAAAAACAAUCCCUUCACAACUAUAUGAACAAACAGCUAUAUGAAUUUUUAUCAACUGCCAUUCACCUAUCUAUAGUAUCAUCUCUUAUAUCUGCAGUAUUUGAUAAGCGCAAGCAGUUCUUUUAUGAUAAAAUUGCAAAGACAGUAGCCAUAGAUUAUAAACCUACAAGCUAACACUUCUUGGUCAGUUGAGUUUUUCAUUCAUAUCAAAUUCACUCAAAAAAAAUCGUUGACACUAAAAAUAUUUGUGCUAUAAAGAAGCCAUAUUUGACAUUAUUUAGUGAGGAAUGUAAACUUAAGGGGGUGAAAUGGGUGUAAAUAAACAGCAAUCAACAGCUACAAACAGUAGUAUUGUUCAUAAUGAAUUUGAGAAGCGUAAACAAGCUUCAACAACAAAAUUACCAUCGGAAAUCAAGUUACGUAAAAGGUCUAUUGAGGAUGCAGACGAAGAUAGAUUGAUGCAACUUCAUUGCUCAAAGAAAAGUUCGACUAUAGCUGCAAAUGUAUAUGAAAUUUUAGUAAGUCUUGCUGAUAUUGUAGAUCUUAAUAAACAUGCUUUCAAUACAAUACCUGAAUCGCUGAUUAAUUUAAGUAGAGACAAAGCAGCACUAUCUUUAGAAAAAAUAGAAAGGUAUGUUAUGAAUAAUGACCUUUCCGGACAAUUAACUAAAAAUUAUUGGGCUAUCGAUAAAAAUCAUAACCUCCUUUUAGGUAAUCAAGGUUUAGUUUUGCCUCUCACUAACACUAGCAUUCUCAUGGGCAUUACUUUUAUGCUUAUGGUCAUUAAUAGUAAGGUGGAUAGAAACUAUGAAGAUAUUUUAAGGGUAGAAGCAAAAGUAAAUAGAAACGAUGGUGCGAUUAAAAGAGUAGAAAGUAAGGCAGACAAGAACCUCAAAGCAAUGUUAUCAGGAUUUAAGAUAUUAGAAUAUAAUCCCACAAGUGCAACAGAAAAAGAGUUUCAAGCAAUAAUUGAUUUUGCCAAGCACACAAAAAUAGAGGAAGUAACUUCAGGGUUAAUUACUUUUAUUAGACAUUUCACACAAGAGAAAGAUGCGAUAAAAAAUUUAACUCAUGACCAAUAUAUUACUAAGCUUGAAGAAAUAAAUAGCACUUUACACCGCCUGCAAAAUUCUAGAACACAACAACCAGGAAGCCUGCAUACAUUUUUAUAUCACAUCGUUGAUCAAAGACUUGCUAUUCCGCAAAAUUCCGAUGAUAAAAUAGCAUUUACUGCACUUGGUCUAUUGUAUUUCGGAACUGAAAUUUAUACUUCUGUAAUGUCCUUUUUACUCGAAGAAUAUAGUUACCUUGCUAAUUUCUACUAUCAACAAAAUGAUUUAGAGCAAUAUAAUCACUACCUUUUUUUGACUUCAACAACUUUUUAUGAUUUUAAAAACUCAUUAACUGACAACAAUGGUUUAAUCAAUAAAGCAAUUAGUAUAUUGAGUGAAGUCACAUCGUAUGACUUUAUUCAAGACGAAAGAGAAGAUAUAAUAACACUUGCAGCAAAAAGAAUAGAUAUCUUAAAUUCAAUAAAAUCUAAGAUUGCUGCAAUAAACAAUCUAUCUCAAGAAAAAUCAACCGAAAAAGUAAAGUAUAAAUUUUCUAGCUCACGGAUAAACACGCCUAUUGGAAAAUGGGAAGAUAAAAGGAGGGUCAGUUAUGCAGUACAAUUUCACAGUAACAGCACCUACUAUCAAGUUGGAGAAUGGUCUACACCAUAUGCAAUACGCGAAAAAGCAAACCCAUCGCUUGAUAUAGGAACUGAUCCACAAGGAAGAACUCGUCUUAUCUUUAGAAAAUUUGAUAAUGAUAAACCAGAACUAGCUGGUAUUGUUACAGAUAGCAAUCAGAGAGAGUUUAGAGAUAUUAAUAGAGAUCUUUACAACGCUGUUUCAGAGCCAAACGAAGAUGUAGCCAUAGAUGAAAUGAGAGUUUUUCUUGCAAAUGGAGCAGAUAUUAAUGCCAGAUAUGAAAGAAGUAGACAGGCAAUUCAUGCUGCUGCAGAAAAUGGUAAUUCCAGAAUUAUACAUAUUUUAAAAAAUGCGGGUGCUGAUAUCAAUGCUAAAGAUAUAAACGGUUAUGCUCCCAUUCACAUAGCUGCUGAGAUGGGCUAUGAAGAUUUGAUUCAAAAUUUGAUAAGUAAUGGUGCAAAUAUCAACGCAAAAACCGACUUAGGAGAUACAGCUUUACAUAUUGCGGCUGAAAAGGGUCACGUUAAUACUGUUAGCAAAUUAAUGCAGAUCGAAGGUAUUGACAUUAAUGCAAAAAACAAUAGAGGAUUUUCUCCUCUGCAUACUGCUGCUUCUUUUGGCAAAAAUAAUGUCAUUAUUUCCUUAUUGCAAGAUAGUAGGGCUGACAUUAAUGCGCAAUCUGAAGUAGGAUUUACUUCUCUGCAUUUAGCAACAAUCGGUGAAUAUGGUGAUGCUGUUAAAGCCUUAUUGAUGAGUGACAGAAUUGAUGUUAACAUCAAAACUAAAAGCGGCUUAACAGCUUUGCAUUUUGCAUCCUUAAUUGGUGAUUUAGCAAGCAUUAAAUCUAUAAUCAGGCAUAAUAAAGCUAAUGUUAAUGAAAAAUCAUCUGACGGUUGGACUCCUUUACAUUUAGCAAUCAAUGCCAAACAAGAAAAUAUUACUUUAGAAUUAUUAUCAAUUAAUAAUAUUGAAAUAAGUGCAAAAGGGCAAGAUGAUUUAGCUCCACUACAUAUUGCAGCAUCAAGUGAACAAGAUAAUGUUAUCUCAGAGCUACUAGAUAAAGGUGCAUCAAUUGAGGAUGUGGACAAAUAUGAUUGCACACCUCUUCACUUUGCUAUUGAAAGUGGCAAUUUAGAUAUUGUGAAACGUCUUGUUGAACAAGGUGCUGACCUAUAUGCAGAACGAAAAGAUGGGUAUACCCCUUUAGGACUUGCUGCUUAUAAUGGUAAGUUAAAUAUCGUACAAUUUUUAGUCAAUAACAAAGAAGUUAAUGUUAACAGCAAAAAUCAGAACGGUAUGAAUCCUAUAGAUUUUGCAGCUAGUAACGGCUAUUUUGAGAUAGUUGAGUUUCUUGUAGACAAAGGUGCUGAACAGGGGUUUGUACUACAUUGGGCUGCUUAUGGUGGUCAUUUAAAUAUAGUCAGGUAUCUCACAGAUAAAAAACACUUUGACUCAAAUAAACAAGAUAAAUAUGGCAAUCUUCCCGUGCAUAUUGCUGCUUUACGAGGUCAUUUAAAUAUCGUUAGGCACUUUAUCGAUCACAACCAAGUAGACCUAAAUACGGAGAACAACAACGAUUAUACUCCUUUUCUCUUGGCUGUUUUAAGUGGCAAUUUAGAUAUGCUCAGGUAUUUCAUAGAUGGCAAAGACGCCUCACCUAAUCAAAGUGAUAAUAAAGGCAACACUGCUCUGCAUUUAGCAGCUUUAAAUAGCAAUUUAGGUGUAAUAAGAUACUUAAUACGAAGAGGUGCAGAAGUGAAUGCUCUUGAUAAUUAUGGUAAUACUCCUCUAUUUCUAGCUACUGCAAGAGGCCACUUAAAUAUGGUGAAAUAUCUUGUUCAAAAAGGUGCUGAUUUAAGAGCUACCAAUAAUUAUGGCAACUCUCUUCUACACUUUGCUAGUUUGAGUAAUCACUUUAAUGUAGCAAAAUAUCUUGUAGAAAAAGGCGUUGAUUUUAAUGUUGCUAAUAAAAAUGGUGACACCCCAAUAUAUUUUUCUACUUCUGGGGAUAUAACGAAAUAUCUAGUAGAAAAAGGAGCUGAUUUCAGAGUUCCUGGUAGUAAUGGCUAUACUCCUUUACAUUUGGCUGCUGCUAAUGGUCAAUUAGAUGCAGUUAAAUACCUUAUCGAUAACAAAGGGGCCGAUCUUAAUGUGGAGAAUAAUUACGGCAUGACUCCUUUACAUUUUGCUGCUGCUAAUGGUCAAUUAGACACUGUUAAAUACCUGAUCGAUGACAAAGGAGCUGAUUUUACUCUUCAAUCUAAUAAUAGCUGGACCCCCUUAUACUUGGCUGCUUCUUCUGGUAACUUGAGUUUAGUAAAAUACCUGAUUGAAACUAAAGGGGCUGAUUUUACUCUUGAAUCCAAUAGUGACUGGACUCCCUUACACAGAGCUGCCGCUAAUGGUCACUUAGAUAUUGUCAAAUACCUGAUCGAUGAUAAAAGGGCUGAUUUUACUCUUCAAUCCAAUGAUGGCAGAACACCUGUACAUUUAGCUGCUUCUUCUGGUAACUUGAAUUUAGUGAAAUACUUAAUUGAUACCAAAGGAGCUGAUUUUACUCUUAAGGACAAUUAUGGUUGGACUACUUUACAUUGGGCCGCUUCUUCCGGUAGUUUGGAUAUAGUAAAAUACUUGAUUAAUACUAAAGGAGUUAACUUUGCUCUUAAAGACAAUGAUGGCUGGACUCCUUUAUACAGAGCUGCUAACAAUGGUCAUUUAGAUAUUGUCAAAUACCUGAUUGACACUAAAGGUGCUAAUAUUAAUGCUGUGGAUACUACUGCAGAUGGUAGAAAAUCUAUACAUGUUGCUGCUCAAGGCGGUAGUAAAGAUGUUAUUGAGCUUUUACUCAGCAAGGGCGCUAAUGUUAAUGAUAUAGCUGUUGGAAAUGGUUGGACACCAAUACAUUAUGCUGCAUGGAAAGGUAACUUAGACGUUGUUAAGCUUCUUGUUAAUAAAGGCGCUCACAUUAAUGCUGUGAGCAUUACUCCCGAUCGUAGUAAAGCAAUACAUAUUGCUGCUCAAUAUGACCAUAAAAAUAUCAUAGAAUUUUUACUCAGCAAGGGUGCUAAUGUUAAUGAUGUUGAUCGAGACGGCUGGACACCUCUACAUUAUGCCGCAUUGCAAGGUCACUUAGACGUUGUUAAGUUUCUUAUUGAUAAAGGUGCUAAUAUUAAUGCCACAGACGCCACCACCUAUCAUAGAAACCCUAUGCAUGUUGCUGCUCAAGGUGGUAAUAAAGAUGUUAUUGAGUUUUUUCUCAGUAAGGGUAUUAGUGUUAAUGAUGUUACUAUUGGGGAUGGUUGGACACCCCUGCACUAUGCUGCAUUUUAUGAUAAGUUAGAUACUGUUAAAUUUCUUAUUGAUAAAGGUGCCUAUAUUAAGGCCAAAGCUGCUAAUGACUUCAAUAAAAAACCAAUCCAUGCCGCUGCUCAAGGUGGUAGUAAAGAUGUUAUUGAGUUUUUUCUCAGCAAGGGUAUUGAUAUUGAUGAUACUGAUCAAAACGACUGUACGUCUCUGCACUAUGCUGCAUGGCAAGGUGAGUUAGAUACUGUUAAAUUCCUCGUUAAUAAAGGUGCUAAUGUCAAUGCUAAAAACAAUAAAGGUAAUACUCCUUUAGACUUAGCUACUACAAUUCAAGUAAAAAUCUUUUUAAGACAACCACAACUCAAUCUAAUUAAUGCUGCAAGGCAAGGCAACCUUGAUAUGGUUACAGAGUAUGUUAGUAAAGGAGUGAGCUUGAAUGCUAGAGAUGAUAAUAAUCGUACUCCUUUACACUGGGCCGCUCUCAAUGAUCAUUUAAAUGUAGUAAAAUAUCUUAUAAGCAGAGAUGCUAACUUACAUACUGUUGAUAAGAAUGGCUAUACUCCUCUUCAUAGGGCUGCAGGAGGAGGUGCUUUAGAUGUAGUAAAAUAUCUUAUAGAAAAAGAACACCUUGACGUAAACCUUCACAGCUCUGAUAAUAGCUAUCACUGGACUCCUCUACAUAUUGCUGCCUACACCAACAAAUUAGAUAUAGUAAAAUAUCUUAUUGAUAAAGGUGCUGAUAUUAAUGCUGCAGAUACUGAUAGCAAUCAUAGAAAACCUAUACAUAUUGCUGCUCAAAGUGGUCAUCAAGAUAUUAUUGAGUAUUUACUCAACGUAGGUGUUAGUGUUAAUAGUAUUUCUAUUGGAAAUUGCUGGACACCACUACACUAUGCAACAUGGAAAGGUCAUUUAGAUAUUGUUAAAUUCCUUGUUGAGAGAGGUGCUGAUAUUUAUGCUAUAGACGCUGAUAGCAAUCAUAGAAAAGCUAUACAUAUUGCUGCUCAAGGUGGUAGUAAAGAUGUUAUUGAGUUUUUUCUCAGCAAGGGUGUUAGUAUUAAUGAUAUUGCUACUGGCAAUGGUUGGACACCACUGCACUAUACAGCAUGGAAAGGUCACGUAAAUACUGCUAAGUUUCUCGUUGAGAGAGGUGCCAAUAUUUAUGCUAGGGAUAGUAUUGGUAAUAUUCCUAUAAUCUUAGGAGCCUGGCACGGUCAGCUAGAUAUAGUUACGUAUUUUAUAAACGAAAAAAAUAUUAAUGUUAAUAUUAGGGAUGGAAAGAGCAAUGACGGCAGAACAAUUUUACACUAUGCUGCUCAAAAUGGUAAACUAGAGGUAGUGAAAUUUUUAGUAGAAAAAGGGGCUGAUAUUAAUGCUGUUGCUACUGGAAAUGGCUGGACAUCUCUGCACUAUGCUGCAUGGAAUGGUCAUAUGGACGUUGUUAAGUUUUUUGUUAAUAAAGGUGUUAAUGUUAAUGCUAAAACUAACAAUGGCGAUACUGCUUUAGAUUUAGCUCUCUCAGUUCAAGUAAAAAACUUUUUAAGACAACCACAGCUUGAUCUAAUUAAUGCGGCAAAACAAGGCAACCUUGAUCUGGUCAAAGAGUAUGUUGAUAAAGGAAUCAGCCUAGAUGCUAAAGAUGAUGAUAGUUAUACUCCUUUACACUGGGCUGCAAGGAAUAACCACUUAGAUAUAGUGAAAUACCUUAUAGACAGCAGUGCUAACUUACACACUAUUGACGAAUAUGGUUAUACUCCUUUUCAUAGAGCCGCAGAAAGUGGUGCUUUAGAUAUAGUAAAAUAUUUUAUAACAGAAAAACAUCUUGACGUAAACCUUCACGGUGCUGAUGGUGGCUAUCACUGGACUCCCUUACACUGGGCUGCCUACAAGAAUAAAUUAGAUGUAGUGAAAUACCUUAUAGAUAAAGAUGCUGCUUUACAUGCUACUGAUAAGCAUGGUUAUAUUCCCCUUCAUAGGGCUGCAGAAGGUGGCGCUUUGGACGUAGUAAAAUAUUUUAUAGAAGAAAAACUCCUUGAUAUUAACCUUAAAGGUGCAAUUGGUGGCCAUCACUGGUCUUCACUACACUUGGCUGCACAAGAAGGCAAAUUAGAUGUUGUAAAGUAUCUUGUGGAAAAAGGUGCUAAUGUACAUGUCCUUGAUGCUCAUAAUUACACUCCUCUUCAUAGAGCUGCUCAACAAGGUAAAUUAAAUAUUGUUAAAUAUUUUAUUGAGGAAGUAGGAGUUUCAGUUAAUAAACAAUAUCAUUGGAAAGAGUCGAGCUGUCUAAUUUUUUGUAACGAACAAUGGGGUCCUACUCCGUUAAAGAUAGCAGAAGAUAAUGGCCAUAAUGCAGUAGCUUCUUAUCUCAGAUCAAAGGGUGGCUAUAACAAACGUAAUCGCCGCGGUAUUCCAGAUCCUCUUUCUAGAUCUAUAGAUACAGAAAACUCAGAUAGUGCAGUACCAAACGUAGAAUCUUAUGUUGCACACAAUGAAGAGAGAUUAGCAGAAGAAGAGAUGACAAUAAGAAAAAAAUAUAAAGAGACUAAUAAUAUCCAUGCUAUACAAGAGAAAUAUGUGACAAGUGGAGCAAACACAGUAACACCAUGGCUACCACAAUUAGUAAUAGGAAUCACUCAAGGACUAUAUAAUAUAGUUAGUGCACAAUCAGCAGAAAGCAAGCAAGAGAAUAUUAACCAAUUUAACAGAGAAACAUCCAUAUGGAAUAUUGAUGUCAACGGUAUAAUAAUGUUAUUUGACGUACUGGUAAGAAAAGUUACAGGUAAAAAGUAUGUUUCUACAGCAGAGCAAUCUGUGUCCUUACUAGAGGCACAAACUAAUGCAUUAAAUAUUAGGCUCUGUGAACCAAAAUUUGGAGAAAUAAGAAAAAAGUGGUAG